AAAAAUCAAAAAUCUCUUUUCAGCAAGCAGCGUUCUUGAACGAAAUGGCGUCGAAAGAUUCAAACGCCGAUUUAAACAAUGCUUAUCUUAAUCAACUCAUGCAAGAGAAAAAAUCUCUUAGUGUUCAAUAUGGUGAAAUUCACAAGCUUGUACAAAAAGAAAUUGACCGUGUUAUGAAUUCUGAAGCUUCCGAUGACCCCCAAAGAAAGGAUUAUCAUUUGGAUGUGAAUUCUGGGAAGCAAUUUCGUUUGAAAGUUAAAGUCCACAUUCCUGUUGAUGAACACCCUAAUUUCAAUUUUGUUGGAAAAUUGCUUGGCCCAAAAGGAAGCUCCUUGCAACAAUUACAAGAAGCUACUCAAACAAAGAUGGCUAUUCUUGGACGUGGAUCUAUGAGAGAUAAGAAAAAGGAGGAAGAACUUCGUAACCAAGGUGAUCCAAAAUACGCUCAUUUAAAUGAUGAGUUGCAUGUUGAAAUUACUGCAUAUGCUGCACCCGCUGAAGCAUAUCGUCGUAUGGCCUCAGCAAUUGCUGAAGUGCAAAGAUUUUUAAUACCUGAAAAUGCACAGCCAUUCGGAGGUGGUCAAGAAUAUUUUGACGAAAUGCACCCACCUCAAUACAUGAAUGAUGGCAAGCCAAAACCUCCGUUUGCAGCUGAUGGGCCAUCAAUGAGAGGGGGUCCACCAAUGCCCCCCAGACCUAUGGGCCCACCGAUGAUGGCUGGCCGCGAAGGCCCCCGUAGGCCUGCACUUGCACAGAGCACCUAUGCCAGUGAGGGAGAAGAGUGGGGAGCUCCCAGGCCUUCCCCCAGACGAGGUGGAUUCAGUGGCGCAGCUCCUGCUCCUCGACCUGUAGCUCGGGGUUAUGAAGAGCCUGCAAAUGAUUAUAACAGUUAUGGUGAAAGUUAUGGUGAUUAUAAUUCAGGAAAUGCUGUAUCCUACUAUGACUAUUCUGCUGAUGAUGCAGGAUAUGCUGAUGGCUACGCAGAUGAGUCUCGUGGACCAGUUAGAAAUGCAGGGGGUGCUCGAGGCAGAGGUGCCGGAAGACUUAUGACUCAUCCAUAUGGUGGUACUGCACGACGUGGAUACUAAACUGAUACAUUACACUUUGUUUUUACCAUCAUAGUACUGUUCAUUGAUAAAACAUAAUCACAUAUUCGAAGUUGGUAGUUCAACUCUCACUGUAUUACAUUGGGUUUAAUUAUGAUCAAGCAUUUUUGUGCCGAAAUACAAAUUCCAACUCAUAACAGUAUAAAGCUGGCGUUUAUUUCAUCAUUCUUUAAAAGAAAAAAAUGUCAUUUUCACAUCAAUUAUCAAUAAAUUGAUU